GCGUCAAGGAGGAAUCAGACUAGAGGAAGGAGCUCCACUGUACGAUCUGGGAGCCAAACAUGAACAGAGAACAGAAGAAAACGAAGAAGAGCCAUGGGAAAGCCAGAGGAAAGUGGGCGAAUAAGACAGAGUACCUCCUGGUCGUGGCGGGCAAUGUGGUUGGUCUGGGGAACGUGUGGCGGUUCCCGUACCUCUGCUACAAGAACGGUGGAGGGGCGUUCCUGGUACCUUAUACCAUGUUAGCGGUGCUCUGUGGAUUACCCCUGUUCCUGAUGGAGAGUGCGAUUGGUCAGUACACCCAGGAAGGAGCAGUCACUUGCUGGAGGAAGCUGUGUCCGCUGGCACAAGGUAUUGGAUAUGGACAGCUCAUCAUCAAACUCUAUGACUUUGUCUACAUUGUAAUCCAAGCCUGGGCCCUACUGUACCUGAUAUUCUCCUUCAGCGCUCAGCUUCCCUGGGCCCACUGUGGAAACAGCUGGAAUACAGACAACUGUGUGGAUUUGCAGCAUUCACGAUCUAAUGUGACUGUAGGAAACUUUACCAACACCACCUCUGCGGCUACAGAGUUCUGGGAACGCCGGGCUCUGUCCAUCUCUGGAGGCAUCGGGGAGCUGGGCAGUGUCAGAUGGGACCUGGCCUUGUGUCUUCUGGCCUGCUGGACCUUCUGCUACUUCAGCAUCUGGAAAGGGGUCAGGUCUUCAGGAAAGGUUGUGUACUUCACUGCAGUGUUCCCCUAUGUGAUGCUGCUGGUUCUCCUCAUCAGAGGUGUGACUCUACCUGGAGCUUGGGAAGGCAUUAAGUACUACCUGUAUCCAGACUUAAAGCAGGUGGCUGUCCUUGAGGUAGAGUACUGCCUACAGACAGUGUGCAUUGCACAGUGACUACUAUUGUUUCUUUGUCCCCAUUCAGUAUGAUCGUUAUGGCAAAGUUUAAAAUGAAAUAAUGAUAGUUUUGAGAAAGAGACCACACUCGC